GAAUCAACACUUCAUCGCUGCUGGGGAGCCAUCCGCUGCGCUAGAAAUUAUGGCCGAGCGUCCACCGCGCCGAACUGGCCCGGGGUUUUGCACUUCCCCCCCGUCGGAACACGCAGCACAAAGGGCCAGCUUCUUCCCGCCACAUAGCCAUUUGUCUCGUGACCGUGACUUGGAAACAAUCCCCUUCCUCCUCGACAACCCCAGGUGCGCCGCCUUUCUGAAGGAGCUGGUGGCGGCGAGCGACCCGGUGCGGCGCGUAUGGCUGCUGGCGCGCGCCUUCGAGACGGACUAGGAGGGCGCGGCGCCGUGGCAGAAGCCGCAGACGGCCUUCCACGCCGGACAGCCCGAAUUUGUGCGGCCGGGGCGAUUCAUGGCCACAAUGCAGAGCACGCCGCGGCAGCUGUGUGACGACCCCAACGCCGCCGACACGCCGGGCGGCGGCGCCGCCAAGCACGGCGCCGUGCUGACGCGGCUGGAGCUCAUCGCAGCGAGGUUAUGGCCCUGCUUGACCGCAUGCACGGAGGAGACUGGGCGGCGGAGGCGGCGGUGGCGGCGGUGGCGGCCGAGACGACGAGCGUGGGGGCGCAGCCGACGCCGGGGUACGGCGCGCCGGAUGGGGUGCCGAACCAACGGAGGCGGCGGGGGCGGCCGGCGGCGGGGAAAGGUGGGGAGGUGUGUGACGGGAAAGGCGGGGAGGGGCAGGGGCUGGAGGUGGUGGCGGGUGGGGCGGUGGAUGAGGCGCAGGAGGGCCGCACAGGCUGAGCAGCUGAGCGCGCUGCGCAGGAAGGGACGGUGUGCAGAGGUAGGGCCGUUCUGCUGCGUGCCUGCCGGCCCACUGGGGCCUGGCCAUGCGGUGGGCGGCUGCAAAGCACGUAAGGUCAAGGAGCGUCCGAAUCGAUGUGGUACGCCGUAUGACAUCAUGCGCUCGUAUUGUACGCAAACGAACAUGGCGCGCCCCCGAGGGCCCAUGUACAUGUCACACGGGCCGCAUACGGGACGCUGCAGCGCCUUCACGGCCCCGAACCCGCUAGCGGUUACCGUACUGCUCGGAUGUACAGCAGUCCUUGGUUUGCGCAGCGGCUAUAAGCUGCAAACGUGAGCGGCAGGCUGGGAAGGCGGGCCCAAACAGCACGGCAGCAGCAGUGGGAUUGUGGGAAUGUGGGAUGCUGGGCGGGCCUCUCCUUAUUGGUGUGAAAGCUCGACAUGCCAUCUCCGUGACACGUGGCGCAAGGGUGUGGCCGGCGGCGCGCCCUUUGAACUGCUCACUGAGGAAGCCGUUGAGCUGGAAGUGCAGUCAACGUGCAAGGCCGGCCCCUGGCACCCUGGGAGAAGAUGAAAACGCCGCGGACCAGCGCGGACUUGUAUCCGGUUUCAGAAGGGAUGCCGGUGCGUGGUACGCUUUCAAGCCAAAAAGGAUGUGUUUCUAGUUACAUUAAGCG